GGAGAGGCUCCAGAUGGUACGGAACGGAGAGGGCGUCACAUACAGCGGAUCGCGGCAGCUGCUUGAAUACAGCAUUGAGUCCAUUGUAACAAGGCCCGCCAAUCACACCAGAUACAGCGCACUGCAGGCCAUUGUUCGUUUCCGGCGGCGUUACGGCUUCGCUAUCCUGACUGUGUAUACGCCUUCCUGUUUCUUCGUCAUCAUCGCCUACCUCACCACCUUCUACCCGCUUUCCAACCUGCAGGUGCGUGUGGUGAUCGCCCUCACGGCCAUGCUGGUGCUCACAACGCUGCUCAGCCAAGUGUCAUCAAACCUUCCCAGGAACUCUUACUUCAAGGCCCUCGACGUGUGGAUGUUCGGGGCAAUUGGACUUAUCUUCUCCAUCCUCAUUCUGCAGACUGUGGUGGACGUGGUAGCGAGAGGCGAAGAGACUACCAAGCAGGUGUCGCCGAGGCCGGAUAAGGGAAUAGUACACAUAGAGUCAAGCAUAAUGGGUCCCAGGAACACAGCUGCAGUUUUUUUCCCGAGGACUCCGUUAGCGCCGCGGAUGAUGCGAGCUAUGAAAGUGGGUUAUCCAGUGGUGACUCUUGGCCUGGUGGUGGCUUACGUCGCCUACCUCUUCGCUGCUCUUCACUGAAUGUAUCGCUAGAAAAAAGAAAAGAAAAAAAAGACUGAUUACCCGUAGUUGUGUUUUUAGAGAGAGAGAGAGAGAGAGAGAGAGAGAGAGAGGACACGCAUUCUUUUAAGGGUUUGUCUCUCUCAUCAGAACAAUUCCCGCCACGGCGACGAUUACUCAGAUUUUCAUGAUCGUUUCUUGUAUAGCAGUAGUGCAGGAUCCGUGUUGAACUGUCCCCAGAAUCAUGAAAGAUCACUGAAAAUCCACAAACAACUUCCAUGAAGUCUGAUAAAAACUAGAACUAUCACUAGAUUCUGUACGAGCCCCAGUUCCAUGUACCGUGUCUCAAGGAAUUUCAGAUUUUAUUCUCUCUCUCUCUCUCUCUCUCUCUCUCUCUCUCUCUCUCUCUCUCAUACACACACAUACAUUUAACUCCCGUCAUUCUCUCUCUCUCUCUCUCUCUCUCUCUCUCUGACAGUGCCGGAUAAUCUCAUUAUAGUGUAUAUGUCUCAAUGAAUUCAUUAUUAAGUUUUACCUUUCCUCUAGAUGUGUUGUAGUGUUUCUCUCAUAUUUAAUGAUACAUCAAAGUUUUCUCCUGAAUGUGAAACGCUCGAUAUUAAUAAAUGUUGUAAUAGAAAUGUAUG